AUGAAGUUCUCUUUCGGUUUCUUCGUUCUGAUCGCAGCUCGUGCGUUUAUCUGUGUCAAGGCGCAAGACCUUUCUUCCAGCCUCGACAGUGACCUCAUCACUGUCCCAGUCACGGAAAUUCGGGAUGGUAUCGGUUACGUCGCGGGUAUUCGGUCGACUAAGGACGGUACCAACUUUUGCGCAGGUGCUCUUAUCGGACCGUCGCACGUCAUCACGAGGACGGACUGCAUGCUUAAUAAUAUUCGCUGGGUCUCUCUCGGUUCUAACUCCUCUAUGGGUGAUAAGGACGGUGGACAACAGAUUAAGGUCGUAGCCCUUUUGGUGCAUCCAAACAACACGCAAUACCACAACGAUUUUCUCAUCCUCGAGCUGGAAAAGGCAACAACCAUCAAGCCUGUUAUCCUGGACAAAGCCAAGUCGAUUGUUAAGUCUGGCAUGAUAGGUUGUCGUCUUGGCUGGAACGACACUACAGCUGAAGCCGUGCAUUCACGCUACCUUCAAAGCGUAGAGGUGCAAUUGGUAAGCAACAAAUUGUGCUCGUCGGAACUAUCAAUCGACAAGACCAAUUUGUGCUCUCGAGGUGUCUCAGCUACUAGAUCAUGUAUGGGUGACAAGGGUGGUGCAGUUAUUGUAAAGAAGAAGAAACGUGACGUGCUUGUGGGUCUAGUAAGUGGAAACAAAGGAUGCGGUAAAGCUGGUGGUAUGAGCGUCUACUCUCGGAUCUCCUCAGCUCGUCAUUGGAUCGAUAGAGUUAUCAACAAGUAUUGUGUCGCCCAAAGCAAACAAUAG